CCUGUACAGAAUUUAUGGUUCGAGAGCUUAUUUGUAGGCUGCCGUUUUAGCUAUAUUGUUGUACUCAGUAGACAAGUGAUGUACCACGCAUAUUAAUCUUACAAAUCUUUGUUUAGGUAAUCAAGCGUUUUCCCGAGUCGCUUCAAGCAGACGUCUGCCUCCACUUACACCGAGGUUUAUUCGAAGAAUGUGGCGUGUUUAAGACUGCUUCGGAGGGAUGUCUUCGUGCUCUGGCUUUGAGAUUUAAAAUCCGACAUUAUCUUCCAGGACACUACAUUAUAAAACAAGGAGAUGAGGUUAAACGGUUGUACUUCAUAGCUAAAGGCAACAUUGAAGUGGUAAAACACGACGAGACUAUGCUCACUUUAGGUUGGUAUUUUGGUAAUAUGUUUUGUUUUUCUGACAGCGCCUAAAUUGAGGGUUACGUGAAAUCCAAAAAGAGAAAGAAAGAGGAAAACUUGCAUGAUGACAUUGUUUUUUUUUUCAAUUUAUACCAAAAAAAUUGCACGAUAUUUUUCAGUUCAAUACACACAGCCAAAAGUGGAGUUCAAAAGAAAUUUUUAAUGAACACCCAUACAGAUCUACCGCUCAUAUUUUAUCAAGUACAUAAAAUACAAACUCUAAAGGGCCUAAAAAUCUUUCCUAUGGUUCUGUUCAUUUUUCCAGGAUUGCUGGAUUGUUUAACUACCCUCCCCACCCCCUCUCAAAAAAUGAAACUUAAAUCUCAGACGAUGCAUUUUAUCAAAUUUAAUAAACACCUAUUAAACCCUUUUCUAUUUUUUCCUUAUAUUGUUAAUUAGUCUUUUAAGUACAUACAAUCGAAUUAAGCACAUACUUAUUCAAAGAACCGUCCAGAGUCAUCGCCAUCGCGAUGACUUUUUGGUUAUUGCUCUUAAUUUAAACUAUUAAGAAUUAAUUAUAACUGAUUUCGUUAUUUCGAAUGACCAAUCCGAGCUAAAAAAAAUUUGGUUGCAACAAUUAGAAUGAGAAUUCUUAGCAAACUAAGUUACUGAUACUAUCUGGAUUGUUGUGUCUUGUUUGUUUCACAGGUAAAGGUGACGUCAUCAGCUGUGAUUACAGUACAGUUCAGAGUCUGUAUAUUCCGCAAGCCAAUGCCAGCCUUCGCGUUCAAACACAUGGCGAAAUUCAUUCAGUUGCUUGGAGUGAUUUGGUUUCAGUGUUAAAGGCUUACCCGUCAUUUCGAGAAGAUUUUCUCACUCAUUUGGAGCUAGCGUAUAAUCUGGGGACUGACGCGGAGGUGAGAUCGCGAUAAGCUCGCGGAAGUGUAACAGACCAAGUUUUCAAAAGAGUGUUAGAUGCGGCGAUAUUUUUGCCUCAACAUUGUCUUGUAGAUCUGCGUAUAUUGUGACUUCAUCUCCUUUGGAUGCCCCUUUUGUAUAUUUCUGCUACUUGUGUAUCCGUCUCUGCUCUGCAUGGAUUUUUUUUGUAGUUACAUUUAGUUGUAGCAUGUUUUCGGACAAUGUACUUUCGUCUGGAACAUAUUCAAUCAUUGUUGGUUUAAAGUAUAAAAGGAAUGUGAUCUCAAAAAAACUCACAUCACAUCCUUUUCCUUAACUGGACGAGAUAACUUUAAGGCAGUUGCACUCUAUUUAGCCAUCUAUCAUUUGUUUUUGUAGGAUGAAGAGGUCGUCCUUUUAUUUCCAGAAGAAACAAAUCCAGGCUCUCCGCGGAGAUUGUCCAACGCACGAUCAACAUUCUCCUCGCGUGGUAACGUGGACAGGCUCGAACGCACAGGAUCACCAACUUUCUUCAUAAAUGGCAGAAUUCCUCAGACACAACACGCAACGGGAGGGGAUGGCGGCGGGGGAAGUGAGCCAAGAAUCCAUAAUCUAAUGCCAUCUAUUAACACCACACCUCCUUCGUUAAUAUCACAGCUAAAUUCCGCUCAAGUGCAGUGCUCGCAUAACACCGAAUUUAGAAUGCUUGAACAAAGAAUGCAGAACUUAGAAACGCGGCUCACAACCAUGGAGGAAAGAAUAUCAGGAAACUUUGAGACAAUUUUGAGUUAUUUGCGAAGUUCGAAGAAGGGACAUUCUGCUCCUGAUCUCAGAACCACAAAUGUUUAAUCAAUACAUCCAUGCUUUACUUUCGCAUUCAACCUUCUCUCGUACUACUGUUGCCGAGUAACUAUUUAACACAUACAGUAAAAUUCCGAAAAUAAGCCCUCCGUGUAUAAGCCCCUCCAAAUAUAAGCCCCCCAAACCGGUGACGCAAAAGCUCCCUCCUUUAAAUCGCCCCUCCAAAUAUAAGUCCCCCGGAAAUGUGCCCUCAAAUACAAAGUAAAACAGCACAAAAACAGUAAAUUUACUUCCAACUAUAAGGCUAGCCCAAUCGAUUUGUAAACCCAAAUUUCCCUCCGUAGAUAAGCCCCUCCGAAUAUGGGCCUUUGAAAAAUAUAAGGCCCGGGGCUUAUUUUCGGAAUUUUACGGUAUUUAUUGAUAGAACAGUUUAAUUUUAAAUUUUAAACAACAGAACGAUUUUUCUCGCUUGUGGUCGAUGAGAGUAUAGAGCGUUUAUACUCACGUGGCCAGCAUCUAUGCAAAUUUCCUCUUGAAUAAACAGCGAGGUUGAUCGAUGGUCUAUAGCCCAAGCAGCCUCGUUUCCAAUCAAAUACACCAUCGAUCAACCUCGCUUCCAAUCAAAUGUGCCAUCGAAUAAAUGGUAUAUUGCUCGCAUCUUCCAAAUAUGGUAAGCGCCGGUUGGUUAUGAAGAAUUAGCUGGAGCAAAUCACAAACAGCUGAUAUUUUAAAUGAAUCGGUAAAAAUUUAGUCAUUUCUUUGUCUAGAGGUGAACCACACUCAAGUUCUAUUCCUCAGAAAGUAAAAAUGUUAAACCUCCAUUUAUACCCAGCGAAAUACUGUAGAUAUUUCGUAGAUAUUAGUUAACAGCAGAGGCGGAUCCAGGGGAGGGGCCCGGGGGGGGCGGUGCCCCCCCCCUUAUUUUUAGAACAAACUGAGGCCCGAAGGGCCGGAAAAAAAUUUUAAACCGCCUCCCCCCCCUUGUGUCAGGGUCUGGAUAGCCGCCCCCCCUUAUUUGAAGGCGUGGAUCCACCACUGAACAGCACAAGGCAACCUUUGAAAUGCAGUACAAUUAAAUCAAAUUUCCAUAUUUUAACAAUGAACGGAUGAGCAAAAAAUAAAAAUAAUAAAGUAAAAAAAGAGAUAAUUUCCAUAAUCUAACAAUGAACCAGUUUUAUUAUUUGGUUCUAAAAGUCUCUUGAAAAGAUAUUAAAUGUGAGAACUUCAAAAGACUAACAGGAUUUUUACCGUGAGCAAGGGAAAUGUACAAAUGCGCUUUGUCAUAAAUGUUAGUAAGCAUGUUUUUGACGAUCGUUCAAUUAACGAAUGUUAGACAUGCAAAUUCACGAACCAAUAUUCGAAAUUUUGUAUACUCGUUCUUGUAAUUAUCGUUGAAAUGAACAAAUAAAAAUGAAAUUUAAGUAAUAAAAUGGAUGCGAAAUUCUGUGCUAAAGUUGGGUUUCCUGUUAUUAUCUCUCUUUAUUUUCGUUCCCAGGCAUGACAACAGCAAAGCGCAAUAGACAAUACCGUGACCCAAUAGUAUAUGGGGUUAUUAGGAAUGCAAGGUUUGCAUUUUACUUUUGCAGAAAACAAAUGCAAGAAAACUGUCCUUGUUGCCAACACCUUAUAAUAACGAUCUUUGCUGGCGCGCCAUUUGUUUACGAGAUGCUGUUUGAGAUCCUCCAUGCUGGCGAAACGCGGAACAUUUCGCAGAGAUACGUAUCAGCCUCCCUCUUGUUAUCUUUACAAAGGACCCUUAGUCUUACACCGAUGUAUUGCGGCUCCAUCUAGCUCAACAUUAUCCUGCGUAGCAGGUGCUAGGAAAGAAUGUGCGAGAAUUCAUUCGUGUUUAACCACCCAUUAAUGUUUUAACCCGCCCAUUCUUUGUAAAGUUUCGACUUUUUCAAAGUUUCUCCAAAACUAUUCGUUAUGUCCGGCUCAAAUUUUCACAGUUAACUGAAACUGUUAUGCUCUUUCGAUAGUCUGAGAGUUUAUUUAGAUAGCUUGAUCAGAGAAUGACACGCAUGGGCCGAUGAGGCAAAAAAAAAAAAACGUAUACAAAGGUUCGCCAAUAACGUCAGCAAAGCUUCGCUUAUUUUCGCGUUUACGGUUGAUGAAUUUCUUUAGGUUUGAUGGGGGCUUUGUGGAAAAUAGACUGCGAGAAACAGGAAAGAAGUGAUUUCCUCACUGAGCUUAACCUGAGAUCAGGCCCAAUUUUAGCGGUUCUCAUGCAUUCUCUAAACGGCUACGUCUGAAUGUUAUUUACAAAGCGAAUGAAAAUUGAGCCUGAUCUCAGGUCUCUAAGUCAGCCUGUGUCGGGCUCUUGGUCAGGGCAGACGAGCGAAAAUAGUGAGCGAGCAGUGAAAUAGCGAACAAGCGAGAAACAAGGAGAAGAAAGAAUGGGUGAGCCUGUAUGCAUCUGUUAUACCCCAUCCACUUUCUGAAAAACCUUUUUUCGUGUCAAAGUGUGAAAUGUCAAAACGUCAAAAGAUACGGUGAAGGAGGGUUUCACCUGCUUGACAUGUCUGUCAGACUCUGCGCGCGCGAAGCCAAAUUAUGUCAUAAGUGUUGGAACGGUGCGUAAGCAAGUCCGCGCGAGUUUACCGUUGAGGUGUACGCGCGUAAACAAAACUCAGAAAUAUAUUUCUUUUCGAAGCAGAAAACAACAGAAAUUUGGGUAAGUCCUGAUGUUAUAAUUACGUGAACUUUUGACAAUUUCAUAGUUAGAUUGGUUUUUUGGCAUGUGUUCAGAAAGACUUUUUCGAAGCGCGCGGAGCCUUCCGGAAGAUUGAAAGUUUCGAGCAAAAUUACCACCUUAUGGUCGGAUUAAAAACCAUAUAAAAACCCGCUUUUGACAAAAAUUCUUUGAUAGGGUGUGUUCGAUCGAACGAGCCACAUUUAAAACAUGGAGUUAACUCUACAGAAUGUUCAUUUUUAACAAAAAUGUAUUGUAGUCUCUUGUAGUACAAUGUAGUCACGUUUCUAGUAGAGACACUAUUUCAAGUUCAGUGUAGCAUUAUAGUGACUCUAAAACUCUAGCUCCAAUGGAUAACACUUCCCAAGUCAAAUCCACUGGAUAACGAUAACGAUAGUCAUGAAGAACUGUGGCCUGAUGAAGCCGGCAAUCAAGAUAAGAUGCUUUAGUCGAUUUGGAGUUACGCUUUGCUUUAACAGCUAAUUUAUAGGUAAUCAAAAGACCUACAGUAGUAUAUUCCAAAAAAUAAAGACUAAAAAAUGUACAAUAAUUCAUCAGAUAAAAACUGUAAAAGCUACGUACUAAGAAGACAUACAAUAAAAACAGCAACAAAAAAAAAACAUGCAGCAGUUAAUAUAAAUUCCAAUAUCAAGAUAUCAGUCAAACUUAAGCGAUCGAAUUUUGUUUUUUACUCUAUUAGUACCUGCUUUUUUUCUAGUACCAUUUGCUAGCUCCUUCCAUUUUUUAGUGGCAAAAUAUCUGCGUGAUAUGAGUUUAGUCGUGUUUACUCUGAAAGAGAUGUAAUCUUCUCAAAGAUUAUUCUUGAAUGAACGUAAGGUGAUAAGAUCUCUAAUUGCAGGUGUAGCUUUGUGCGAUAUACUGUUACUUGUCAGUAGCAUCAAGAGAGAAUGAUAGUUAUAUAACUGUGCCCAUGGCCUGAAAUGAAACUCAUAAGCCACAUGGAAAAGAAUAGACUGCAAAAUAGUCGGGUUUUUUUUGUCAAAAUCAGUAAAGAAAUCGGUAAAGCGCGGCGUAAGAGUCUUACGCGCGCGAAGCGCGCAGUCUCGCUCUCUGUUUUCAACCUCGUUCCAGACCUUUUGUUUGACUGCUCGCGCGUACUUGAUUACGCAAAAAUAUGGACUCUUUGCAGUCUAGGAAAGGAACGAUUCGUAAAUCUUUGUUACAUUCUUUGAAAUAUCUUUCUUUAAUAAAUUGGUUUUCGGCUUCAUAACCUCUUAAUGAGAAUUAUGUUGCAAUGAUUCUGCGUUUAACGUUCAACGCGAAGGAUGAAUUUAGGGGUCCGCAAACUCAGUUUAGAACUCCGUGAUUCAUUCCAAACACCUCAUCACCCCUGCUAAUGGGUCCCAGUGGGACCAAUGCAUAAAGACAACAUUAGUCUCUCCAUAGAGUGGUAAAUCCUUUUUGUGUGCAAUUGUAACACUUUCCGGCCCUAAAUGUUUAAAAUAAGCACUUGUAUUUUGUUUAUAUACAGGUUAUGUCUCUUAGUUCCAGUUCAAAUCCUCGAACGGACACGCAUCUUAACCCGUGUAAAAUCCGCCAUGAUUCCCUAUUCAAAGCAGUGUGGGACUGGCUUAUUCUGGCGCUCGUUAUAUUCACCGCAAAAGAAAUUCCCUACUUUGCAGCAUUUUUACUACCGCUACAAGGAAGCAAAUGGUCACACUUCGAUGAACUUACCCCUCUGCUUGCCGUCAACCUUCUGGUGGAUGUUAUAUUUAUAGCUGACAUUUUGAUUAACUUCAGGACAACCUUUAUUAAUCCUUCAACCGACGAAGUAGUAAGCGCUCCAAGACAAAUUGCACUGCAUUAUUUGAAAACUUGGUUUGUGGUUGACUUUUUAUCGGCCAUACCAAUCGAGUUAAUGGUUUUAUCACCAGUUAAAAAGGUGGGUUCGGUAAGUUUUCGUUAGUUUUCCACAGCUAAUACUGGACACCUUUUGAGAUUCGAGGACGAGAUUUGACUUAAAGGCAUUUCGCGUAUUGUCAAAAAAUAGGCAUCCUGGAAACCAUCAUUGUACCGUUUUUUUUUUCACCAGAAAAGCCAGCAAAGUUAUAUUUUUGGAGGUGGUUAAGCCCUGCUAUUCCGACCUCAAAAUGUUAAAACUUCUAACUUUUCAUAACUUGUUUUUUUCCGCUAGUACGAUAUUAUUGCUAAAACUGAUAGCAGAAUGAAGACUAGGAUACCACGUUUUCCCGCCAACUAAAAAUGACACUGUUUCAAGCGCGCGUCCGUCUUCGUAGUCGUACCCGUCUUAGCUAGAAUCUAAAGGUCUAUAGCUAUUGGCGCAGCGCUAGGGAUGAGCACUGUCCUUCCAUCAACGCCUGGGUUCAAACCCCGGAGGUGAUGUCAUUUGUGCGGAGGCUGAGUUUGUUCGGCCUUCUCGCCCAGUGAGGUUUAUCUUUGAGUACUCCGGUUUUCCGCUGUCUUAUAAAACUACAAUUUCUUAAUGUUAAUUCCAUCUGGAAUAUGUAUGGUAGAAGAAAAGACACUUUUUGAAUAUGUUACCCUAAGAGUAGAUUAAAACUGAAUAGUGCUUAAGGUUCCUCUGGGAUAGCGAAACAAGGCAAACAAUUGAGUACACUUCUCUCUUCCCUCCGUGUGUUGCUUUCCUCGUUCCUUACAGAUGUUUUCACGCGCGCUUCGAAUUUCACUUGCUCCACUAUCACUGAGAAAAAUAAGGGAAUGCUUGCAGUCUAAGUUGAGGGCGACCAGUGACACUUUGUGGAAUCUCUAGCUUAACGAUUUAAAAGACUGAGCUGUUUCACGACACUUAUCAAAAUUCAACAGUAAAAGCCCAAACACUAAAUAAUGAGGGAAUCAUAAAUUUAAAUCAACAGCUCCAAACUUAAAAAAGAUGGUAUGAAUAACACAGCAAACUCAAAAGAAGACAGAGAUCGACAAACUUGAAGAAGAUUAAAACGGAUUGCAAUUGCGGUUUUUGAAAACUUGUUAGCCACUCUUUAUCCAGCGUCUUGGUGUGAAAACUAUGAACAAACUGUUCAAACUAAGAGUAAAUAAUUGUAAAGAGCUGAUCACUUAAAUUUAAUAAACCUUAGUGGAUAAUUUUAAAUUUAUUUGUCGAUUCAGACUACACCUAUAUUUGGACUUUUGAAAACCUUGCGCCUUCUUCGAUUGGUACGUGUGGCGCGAAAACUGGACCGCUACUCAGAGUAUGGCACCGCAGUUGUCAUCCUGCUUACGUGCCUGUUUACGCUCAUCGCUCAUUGGCUGGCAUGCGUCUGGCACGCCAUUGGUUUUUCAGAGACACAGAAUAAAUUCGGCUGGAUACAAAAGCUUCAGAGACAACAGUAUGGUGAUGGAACAAAUUUCACGAGUAGUAACUCUAGCCUAUCCACUCGCUACAUUACUGCUAUCUAUUUCACCCUUAGUAGUCUCACAAGCGUUGGUUUUGGGAACGUUUCUCCGAACACUGAUGCAGAAAAAGUAUUUUCGGUUUGUGUUAUGAUCUUUGGAGGUAAGCAGCUUAUGUAUCCAGUUUUCUACCUAAACGGCCACUCUUCAGUUACGUAUUUUAUCCACAGACAAAAAAUCGUGUAAUCCAAUAUUUAUAAGUACAAUAAUUAUUGAUUUUCCCAGCCUUGCUGUACGCCUUCAUAUUUGGAAAUUUAACCGCGAUCAUUCAGCGGCUUUAUUCACGAACGUCACGUUUCCAUGAUAACUUGAGGAUGAUCGAGGACUUCGUUCGUUUUUACAACAUUCCCAAGUUCACAAGGGAGGAGUUAGAGAAAUAUUUCAGACACGAGUGGGCCUACACCAAAGGCGUUGACAUGGAAACGGUAAGACGCACGAAUCCUUAGGUGGCAACUUUACUGAUACAGACGUUUGGCUAAGAUUCGUUUCCGAGACUAUGCUAUCAGUACUGUGAUCAGAUUUGAUUUAUAAUUUUCUCUUUUUUUCGUUAAUCAGUUACUAGUAAGUACAAAUUUCUGGAUUUCUUUGUUUAGGUUGAAGCUUAUUCGUUUUAUUAUUUUGGUUUUAAGUAAUUAAAAUUAUAAAAAUGGACGCUUCGCUUUUAUCCUUGGCUAAUCUAUAUAUUAACAGUCAUAAACAGUUGGAGCAGAGACGACACACAUUAUUUACUUCAUCAAUUUGUUUUAAGGUAAUCAAGCGUUUUCCAGAGUCGCUUCAGGCAGAUGUCUGCCUUCACUUACACCGAGGUUUAUUCGAAGAAUGUGGCGUGUUCAAAACUGCGUCAGAGGGAUGUCUUCGUGCUCUGGCUUUGAGAUUUAAAAUCCGACAUUAUCUUCCAGGACACUACAUUAUAAAACAAGGAGAUGAGGUUAAACGGUUGUACUUCAUAGCUAAAGGCAACAUUGAAGUGGUAAAACAUGACGAGACUAUGUUAACAUUAGGUUGGUUCCAACAGUGUUCUAUAAUGGUUUAACUUAGGACGUUUUCCAGAAGUCAGAACUAGCCCGCUAGAGAUCGCCAGACUUGUCAUUUCAAAAAUGAAAUCACUUAGUCUUUAAACCAGUCACUGCCGUGGACAUUAUUUAGGAAUAAACUGAUCUGGCUAUAUGGUCACGAUUUAUAGUAGACUUCUCCUUCAACUAUACCGGUCUGGCCGGCCAGUUUGACAAAUAGUAAGCGCACUUUGUCCGAUUGUGAAACUCACACCAAAGCACAGUACCGUGGUCACUGUACUUAAACUAACCGCAACAGCUGCAUAAAAAGAAUCAAUCAUAGCUUGAAAUAUUAAGGGCCAAUUAUUUAAACGGAGUUUAGCCAGUGUUCUGAGUCAUUUUCGCUUUGCCCAAUGCUUUUAUCCCAACACCAUUUAUCGUAACUACGUAGUUUCAUGAUAGCAAAUAGCGUACACUAGAAAAGCAUUUAUCUUCUUAAAAUAACCCACUAGGGAAGAUAUCUGGAGGUCCAAAUAUUUGAUUAACAGCGGCCUAAGUUAAACUUCGUUUUGGGGUGCUCACCAACUUAAGACUAAUCAAAAUUUAUCACAUUUUUUUUAACUGAGAUACAUAGUUUAAACUUCAGUUACAAUAGAAGAGAAGCGACGACGUCACAAAAAGUGAAUUUGCGAAAUUAUGGGAUAGGUUGGCAUAUUCAGAAGAACAAGAUGAAAAAAGCCCCGAAGCCGAAAAUCCGACCGGUUGUUGAUGCAAAUUGUUGAGGAGAUAUACGUACUUUUAUUUAUGCUUCGAUGACUCCACACAAAUCCUUCUAAAAUAGGCCUGGAUCGUAAAAGUUACAAUCCAAGACAACAACAGGCUGAUUUUUGGCACGAAAUUUUUUUCAUCUUGUCCUUUCCGAUUGUGCCAACCUAUCCCAUAAUUUCACAAAAUUGAAUUUUUGUGACGUCACACUUCUUUACUCUUAAUGAGAAGGAGAAAUAUAAAGAUAAAACAAAGUUAUAUCGCUGGAUACUAUUAUCUGUUGAAACCUUGCAUUUGUUUAUUUGACAGGUAAAGGUGGCGUCAUCAGCUGUGAUUACAGUACAGUUCAGAGUCUGUAUAUUCCGCAAGCCAAUGCGAGCCUUCGCGUUCAAACACAAGGCGAAAUUCAUUCAGUUGCUUGGAGUGAUUUGAUUGCGGUGCUAAAGGCUUACUCAUCGUUUCGAGAAGAUUUUCUAACUCAUCUGGAGCUGGCGUACAACCUGGGGACUGAAGCGGAGGUGAGAUCAAUUUAUCAUAUUUUAGCCUGUUCCUCGCUGUUUUUCCUCUUCACUUUUCGUUGCACCGUCCCUAUUAUUUGAACGCCUGGAACAGGCCAAUUGUAUUUUGGUUAGCAGUGGCUGUAUUUUCUACCUGAGAGAAUAGCGGAAAGCAAUCAAGAGCCUAAAACAGACGCCCUUAAAUGUGUGGACUUUCUUGGUUAUAGUUGCGCAACAUGCCUCUGCAUAUAGAAUCAACAGUUUAGCCAAUGUAAGACAACGUAUUGAAUUCUAUUUUUUGUGUGCGUGAGGGAAAAAGAACAUAACAAAGCAAACAUUUUGCCUUAACAGUUUCCUGUGUCUGAGGAUAUUGUAAUUUUGUCCCUUUUAGAACAAACUCCUUUCCAGGGCUUUUUCCUUCUUGGAACGUGCGCCGAAAUUUUAUACAGAUGACGCGUCACUACACAAAUCUGGGUAGUGCUUCUGAUUGGUCGUGCCUCGAGGGAAAUUUGCCUCAACAAAUCAGAAGCCUUGCCCAGAUCUGGGUAGUGACGCGUCAUCAGUAUGGAAUUUCUGCGCGUCACACUUCAUUUUGCGGUAAUACCAGUUGUGGCUUCGCGAAAUGUUGGUUUGUUUUCUCAGGCUGCAUCGUAGUCCAUACCCUAAGAGGCAGUAACUGGAAGAGAUAACUAAAAGUGCUUGAUCUUUAAAUUUAUCUCUAUAGGAGGAAGAAGUUGUCCAGUUCGUUUUGUCUGCAGAAGAAACCAGCUCAGGCUAUCCGCGAAGAUUGUCUAAUGCACGCUCAACUUUCUUUUCUCAUGGCAAAAUGGACAGGGUCGAUCGCAUGAGGUCAGCAACAUUAUUCGUCAACGGCAAAAUUCCGCAGAUACAAGAGCGUUCGACUGGGGUGGAUAUAAACUGCCAACAGCAUGACGGUGGAAGUAAAACAAGAAUCCAUAAUCUAAUGCCAUCUGUUAACACCGCAUUUCCCUCGUUAAUAUCACAGCUAAAUUCCGCUCAAGUGCAGUGCUCGCAUAACACAGAACUUAGGAUGCUUGAACUAAGAAUAGAGAAUUUAGAAAGCCGGCUUACCACAAUGGAUGAAAGACUAACAGAAAACUUUGAGACAAUUUUAAAUUACUUACGAAGCUUGAGCAAGGGAUGUUCUGCACCUGAACUCAGAACCAAAAAUGUUUAAUUACUAGAAUAACCUGUUUGCUGCUUUGGCAUGAUAAAAAUUGAACAACUUAAUUUUGAAAUCGGUAUAGUUUCUUUUUUCAAUAAAGUUCGUGAAGAUACUCUCUGACCUCUUCACAGUACCACUGUGAUAAGGAGCAGACCAUUAAGCGUGUCGUGAGCGUGCUUUCACCUUUAGCAUUAAAUUCCUGUGGAGGGUCACAUUUAUAUAUGCCGAAGGCAUCCUCCCUCUCCAACAAGGUUGGCAAGCUAUAAGCAUUGUUGUUCCACCCCGACUUAGGUGAGAUUUCCUCGCAGACCUGCCUUACGGAAAUUCGUUUUAGAAGUUCCAAAGAAUUUCAAAUCUGAAUUAUGCAUAUUUUUAGAUAUUUUUCCUGAUUCAUACUUUUGACAUCGAGCCGAUAAAAGCUGCUGUCAGAAAUUUCAGGCAAAAAUACAAAAAAAAAAUCGAACUGGAUGCGAUGUUCUUCGAAAAGUAGGGCCAGUUAAACAGUUAUUUGGUAAAACGGUUAUCACAUAUAAAUAGAAUUAACUCAUUUUUUGGCCGAAUGAUAGCAGUAGUUUUUCUCAAAUUUUCGCAGCCAUCGCGUGGAAAUCGACAUAGCCGUGGGAGACUCAACAAGUGAUCACGAUUCCUUGAGCGCGCGCGUUGUUUUGCAAAGUUGUGACAACUUGCACGCGCUUUGAUCGGGUUACGCAAGUCUACGUGAGUCGUAUGCGAGUCAACCGUUAAGGCGUGUACGCGAAAAGACAACUCAGAGAUAUUUAUCUUUCAGUGGAGAGAAGAAGAGAACUUGGGUAAGUGAACUGACAAUUCCACGAGCUACUCUAGAUUGCAGCUCCAGAUUGGAUUUAAUACUGUUCUUCAGAAAGAAGUCUUAAAGCAGAUCCCUCAGAAAAACGACGAAAACUUUUUUGCAGGCUAUAACUUAACGAUAAUUGACGGUCAGCGCGCAGACUAUCUUAAAAUAUGGUCUUGUUAAAGCAAAUUCAAGUGUUUGACAAAUGUCUUCCUCUAAAAUACAUGAACUUAACUUAAGGGACUGUUCUUCGUUAGCAGUUAGAAUCCUAAUGACACACUUUCUUCCUUAAUUGGUAGCAUUUUAGUGGCGCUAAUUAAAAGUCUGCCGGGAAAUUUUACUUCGCAGUCCGUAAAGGUGGCAUUUUCAUUAUUGGAUGAAAAAUAUCAGUUAUUUUCAUCUUCUAAAGGACUUCUUCUUGGUCAGCCCAUUCUGCCGGAAUAAGUUACUUACGGGUUACUUAGUUAAGAACAUGGUGCAUUGUAACGGCAAUUCAUAGGAUAGUUGGCCAACCAUAAAUUUGACGGGUUUUUUUUAAUUAUUGAUGGCUAGCGGUAACACAAGAAGAAUGAUUCUUAAUAACCACUUAAUCCUCAAUCUGCCUUUAGUAUUUUUCAUAAUUUUUAUGUCAAAAUGUUUUCUUUUUCAGUAUAGAAUAUGUCAGGAGGGUCGCAGACUUCUUUCAACUCGCUCUACAAAGGCAAGUACUGUUUGAUACACCACGACUCUGUGGUUAAGGCCGCGUGGGACUGGUUAAUACUUGCUUUUGUCAUCUACACGGCCAUUGUGAUCCCUUACGAUGUGGCGUUCGUGACCCCACGACGAACGAAAAUGCACACAAGUAGAUUUGGAGAUUUGGUGAACUUCUCUCCUAUCGCAAUUGGAAAUCUUAUAAUAGACUUGCUCUUUAUAAUUGACAUACCAAUAAAUUUUCGGAGCGCUGUUGUCGACAAGAGAACAGAGGAAGUAAUUAGCGACUCUAAAAAGAUAGCAAUGCUUUAUCUCAAGUCUUGGUUUUGGGUUGAUUUUGUGGCAGCCAUUCCGUUUGAGUUUCUGGUCGAUCCACAACAUGAAGGGGUGAGUAAUGAGGCCAGUUUUAUUCAGUUUUAGAGUACUUAUUAUACAUUAUCUCCUCGCGACUUGACAGUUUCCUGCGGCUCGUUAAACUUAAGACGAGAGAGGACCAAUUCGGAAUUAUAUAGCCAAGUGUAACGACCAGACAUAUAGGAACACCUAUCUACGAGUUUGUCUUUCUUGACACCCCUCAUUUGGAGAAACGAUGUCCUCCACACAAACACGAGAAUUCAGUUCACUGAAACAGCAACACGCAGUUUCAAAGGACUUAAAAUAAACUGGUUCUACUUUUAGCUGAAGGGUAGCUUCUGAUUAAGGUAUAAUUUCUAAAGCUAAGUAUAAAACAGGUUUAUCUAAAUAGAAAAUUUCCACUGGGUGUCCAGUCUGAAGGUCGACCUCUUCAAUUGGUUGGUCUGGAAAUUUGUUUUUCGUUUCAGCACCAAAAAAAAUUGUGUUUGAGUGAUGACACGUUUCGUGAAGAAGUGCUGACAAAGCCAAAUUUUGAAAUCAGAAUAAACUUCAGUACAACAGGAAGAUAGUUAUUGGUUGUAGGCCUGAAGGAUGCCAUUUUUUUCAUGUAGGUGAGGCUUACCAGAUAGAAAAUAAGUCUUUGCUAUUUUUUUGUCUUUUAUUGAUCUUCAGGCCACCACUUUGAUGGGGUUACUGAAGACCGCGCGUCUCCUUCGCCUGGUGCGAGUGUCUCGGAAAAUUGACCGCUAUUCUGAAUAUGGACUGGCGGUUAUCGUACUGCUCACGUGUCUCUUCACCCUUACUGCUCAUUGGCUGGCUUGUGUGUGGCACGCGAUUGGUAUUGUAGAAGCGCGUGAUGAUAGUGGGUGGCUUUCAUAUCUGGCUGGAGAAAUAAGCAAACCGAUUAACCAAUCAAAUCCCACAAGUGGGCCCAGCCUGAACACAAGAUAUAUAACUUCUUUGUAUUUCACUCUGAGCAGUUUGACAAGUGUUGGAUUUGGAAAUAUUGCACCGAGUACUGACAGUGAGAAAGUGUUUGCUAUUAUUGUAAUGAUCAUAGGAGGUGAGUCAGUAAAUGUUUUGUACAUACCGCAAACUUUCGCUUACAAGCCCUGGGCUUAUAGGAUCCUUAUAAAACUUCGUGUUUGGGUCUUAGGAUAUCUUAUAAACAGGGGGUUUAUAUCCGGUGGGGCUUAUAAUUGGACUGAAAAAAGCGUUUUAAAACGAGCCAGAUAGUAGUGCUGAUCAAAAUAGUUUUUGAACUAACUCGCUUUUUUAAGCAUCAAAACGUCGUAAAAAUCGAAUUCAUUUCAAUACAAGGGAACAAGGGAGGCUUAUAUGCCGGGGGCCCUUAUAACCGGAUGUAUUUUUUUUUGUUUAAGGGUAGAUAGGCCUGUAAUUGGGGGGGGGGGGGGUUUAUGGGGGGGGGGGGGGGGGGUUUUAAGGGGGGGGGGGGGGGGGGUUGUUACCGGGGUUUUAGGGGUAAAAAAGAAAAGGGUUUGCGGGAUUUUUUGAAAAAGUUUUUUUUUUUAACAUUUUUUUAAAUUGUUUUGGGGGGUUUCUGGUUUGGUUUUUUGGAGGUGUUUUUUUUUUUUUUUUUUUUUUAAAGAGAGUUAGGAGGGUAUAGGUAAAUGUGAGCUUUACAGUAUAGUGAAGACUAAAAGUGCGUAAAAUGCUCAAUAUGUACAAAAGGGGGAAGCAAGGGGGGGUUAUUUGGGGGGGGACAUUAUAACGGUGUUUUUUUUUUUUGUUUUGGGGGGGGGUGGGCGGGGUGGGGGGGGGGGGGGGGCUUAUGGGGGGGUGGGGAGGGAGCUUAUAAGUGGGGAUGGGGGUAGGCUUGUAACCGGCAUUUUACGGUAUAAAAAGCAAAAGCUGUCUGGAAUGUUUGCAAAAUGCUUUCUUUUUAUCAGUUUAUUGAAAUGUCUUUGGUGGGUUCAGUGUUUGAUUUUUCGAAGGUUGUUGUCUCUUUCUUUUACUUAUAAGAGAGAUAAGAGAGAUUACGGCAAACGUGAGCUUCAACUUAUAAAAUUCUCAGCGUAGGAAAUGAGCAGAUUAAAAAAACUCAAAACAAUUCGUAUGGAUAAAAAAUAACGUGAAACUCAAUGCUAAUUUCUGCGUAGAAGCAAUGAAUAGUAAACGACAAGUAAAGGGAAAACUUGAUCUCACGCGGUACAAAUUCACGUUUGCAGUUAACCCUAGAAGUGCCAACUCUAAAUCUCCCUUAUUACACCUCACCAUAAAAUGAAAAGUUCAAUUUGAGCAAACUAGUUGCACUCUGAGAUUCUUUGGCUGACUGAAAUUAAUUUUUGAUCUUUUUUUGCUUUUUAUUAGCUUUAAUGUACGCUUCUAUAUUUGGAAACUUGACGGUGAUUAUCCAAAGGUUAUAUUUACAAAGCUCCAGACAAAAAGAAGAACUGCUUCUUAUCCGGGAGUUUGUUAAUUUCUACAAAAUACCGCGGGCACUUAAGGAGAACUUGGAGAAUCACAUCCUCCAUGAAUCCCACUUCCUAAAAGCGGGCGAUCUGCAAGCAGUAAGUUGCUUUUCUAACGUAUUGUUUCGGCAUAGCUUAAGCUCUGGUAAAACGGACAACAAAAGUAUGCAACUUGUUUUGCAGCUAGCUGGAAAGCUUUGUUGUACGUUUUACCACCCACUUUUUAAACCUGUCUUGCAACAAAUCAGAUUGUUACAAGGUGCAUGACUACUGCAUACUGAAUUACGCGGACGUCACGCCCGUACACGGGAGUUGCGUCACUCGAUGCAAAAGAAGUUUGCCUUGGGCCAGUUAAACUUUUUUCUUACUUUCUGUGAAAACUUUUCGCAGUUACAACAACCUGAUAUGUUGCAAUACAGGUUAGAUUCGUGGGUGGUAAAAUGCCUAACAUCGCGAUUUAACUCGUUUUGUGGCAAUGUUGCAAAACAAGUAGCAGGCUUAAAAGAUAGAAUACAUUUUCCAAUUAGUUCAUCUUAUUUUGAACACUUAGGAAAUGUACCGGAACGUCUGUAUUUCAGAGGUUUUCAUAUACGUUAUAGAUGUUGGGAUUGUUAGGGUUAUGACGACGUCAUUUUAGGAGCAACAUACCUUACAGUCCGUAAUAAAGAAACGUUUUGCUCUAUUUCCACCGCCUUCUCGGGCCCGGUCUUAAGGGAGGAGCGCGCGCGAGCCUAAAAAAAAGUUACGAAAAUGGAGAUGUGCAUGAGGCUUUCGACUGCUGCGAUAAGUUGCUUCAUUGCUGCCUUUGUUGAGGAGGAUAUUUUCCUUCCGUGAACUCUUAUGGACCAAAAUGCGUCCCUUUCGUUACUUUAACCGUGUAGCAUGCUGUCAUACGGUUGGGGUUUCAAUUUCGGUUUUGGUAUCGCGUGUCGCUGCUGACUAGUUCGGUUAACUCAUUCCUCGUGAGACUAAUAUGCCAAUACUAGAACACGUUAGCCCAAAAUUAUUUCAGUUUCUGUCCAUUUCCCCCUCGUUACUCCUGGCCGAAAAAAAUCCAGUAACAAGCUAAGAGAAAAUAGUGAUGGAGGAAAACAGAUCCCCACAAAUUGUGCUAUUUUUUACAGAUCUAAGUUUGUGUCCAUUCUCAGCUAGAUGAAGUGAAAAGCAUUACCUCUUAUAGUUGAAUUAAUUUGCGAUUACAAACUUUUAAUACGAUACACAGGUACUGAAUAUGUUCCCAAGCACUCUCCAAACCGACAUCUGUCUUCAUAUACAUGACGAACUAUUCAGGGAAAACCCAGUCUUCCGAGCCGUCGUUCCUAGCUGUAAGCGGUUACUAGCCACCAAGCUACAGGUUCAGCAUUUUCUGCCCCGUCAAUACGUCAUAAAACAAGGAGAUGAAGUGGAUAAGGUGUUCUUUAUUGUCAAGGGAAUUGUUCACGUGGUCGUGGAUGGUGAGACUCUCAUUGCUCUCGGUAGGACAAUGUUGCUCUAGUGGGAUAACUUAUUGGGGUGGAGCUCUUAACUUUUAUGUUCUCAGUACACCAAUUAAGUCUAAAAAGUGUUGAAGAGAAAUGUGAAAAUACUGCCGAGUGUUGUUUGCAAAAAACAAAAAAACAACAACAACAAAAAAAAACAAAACAAACAAACAAACAGAAAUAAAAACAGCGGUCGGGCAGGUUUACUCGGAUCAAAACGUGGCUCUAAGCCGUGUGACAGAUCUACAAAUAUGUUUGGAGACCACUGCUCAAUAGCCUUCAUUUUGGAUUGUUCAGUUAGACUCGGCAAUGACUGAAUACACCAAAGAGAAGAUAUGAUCAACAGAUUAAAUUGUCGCUGCUAUCCCACCCCCUCAUAUCUCUUCUCUUUCCCACGAUCUGAACGCCUGCAACAGGCUAUUGCAAUAAAUUCCAAAACGACCAUGGGGCACACUGAUAGUAUCCCAGCUGGCCUAUUCGUACAGUUACCUUGUAUCUCUUUUCAAAACCUCUAAUUUCAAUGGACCCCUAUCAUGAUGUCAAAGCUCUAGAUCCUUUGUUUUAGGGAUCGGUUCCAUUCAUUUGAUAACUUUAGCUAACUUUGUUCGUUCAUUAUUUUCCCAAACAAUCCGGUAAGGCUUUGUUACAGCUGCGAGAUACCUCUGUUUUUACUAACGCAGUUAAUCUAAGGGAUGGAUCCCUAGUGCGGUCUGAUCAGUUUAUUGCAACAACAACAAGAACAAAGAGGGAGAAUUCUACCCAGGGGGUGGGGGGAGGGGUGUACUCCAGGAUGACCGAGAGAUUUUUUCAGGUUUUUUUUUCGGGUAGGAAUUCAAAAUCUGGCAAGUAUUUUUUGGGUGGCUUGAUUUAAGUAGGGAUUUUUUGGGGGUAUUCAAGACAAUCUGAAGAUUCGUGGUAGUUCCCGCGCAUUCCGGCAGCAUAGUUCUGUGAAUAAAGUACAGCCAAAUAAAGUACAAAGUGUUAUAUCAUUUAAUGCUUUCUGGAAUUUUUAAGGCUCGGAAAUUUGGCGUGGGAGUUUAUUGGGUUAAUUUUUGAUCCACGAAUUUUUUUUGGGUAUUGUUGGAAGCCCUAGAGGCUUUUUUUGGGUUUUGAUUUUUGCCCCCAUUCGAUCACUUGAAACUUGAAAUCCGGAGUACCCCCCACCCCGGCUAGCGAUUUCUACUACUCUCCACCUGUCACCUUUUUGUCCUACUUGAUGGCCUUCCGAUUUUACUAUAGAAAAAAUUUGUUUAUUUACGAGUUUUUCACUGUUUUUCUUCUCAAUAGGAAGAGGGGAUAUUAUUUAUUGUGAGUUCAAGUCGCCGUACAGCAAACCCAGAGCUACAGCCAGCCUAACCGUACAGACUAAUACCCACAUUCACGACAUUGAGUGGUCCGAUCUUUUAACAAUAUUUGAAAAAUUCCCGAUGUUUAGAGAAGACUUCAUGAAUAGGAGAGUUUUUUCAUACCAAAUAGGGGAUUAUGUCAAGGUGGGUAGUACUUAAGGGGGUCUCUAUAUCAUAUAUGGGCUUGAGAAUAAUGGAAGCUGUCUCGGGUCUUAGAGAACAAUGAGAGCUGCCAAAAAAAGAACCAAUGGGAGCACAGAAUGACGUCAUGGUGGAGUUUCGCGGCACAAUAUGCCGAGAAUCACCCGAACCUUGACGAAGACCUUUUGACAAACCCCGAACCUUAAAAUCAAGUUUUUAAUACCCUGAAUGCAAGAUUGAACAUUAAUCAAAUAUUAUACUCAUUGCAUAAUUUGUUUCAUAUUUUGUUUCUUUCACAAGGAGGAUGAUGAUCUUGAAGUAACUGAAACUUCUCCGAGAGCCGGACUAGAACCGCGGACGAAACUCGCUAACUCGGCGGAGAAAACUCAAGCCUCGUCUCUCGAUUUAGCACUCAGUUCAGUGGACCUGAAAGUUUUGGAAGACAGGAUGAAGCUAAUAGACAAGAGGCUUUCAAAUUUGGAGAGCGAGAUUUCUCUUGUAAUACCAUUCUUGAGAAAAACACUCAAAGCCGAAGAUUAG